UAGAUAAUAGUUAACAGGAUUCUGGCAUUGUUUAGCGUGUACUGAUACCUUCUAUUGUUCGCGUGUUGGACUCGAAACAGUUACAAGUGACAAGCUUCAUCAGAACGCCCACUUUAAGUCCCCUAUCUAUAGUCAGCAAGUGCCUGAGGUAGCUGAUUCAGUUUGAGACGCACCCCAACAGUCUGAGCUGGAGCUGUUCAUUAGCGCUGUGUAAUAAUGCAGAAACAGGAGCUGUGAGGAGAGAGAGACUGCUGAUAACAUGGCGUCCCCUGUUAAAGUCAUUGUGGUUGGGGCGGGGAGUCGGGGUGAGACCUACUCCGACUUUGCCUCCUUCCAUCCUGAACUUAUGCAGGUUGUAGGGAUUGCAGACCCGAGAGCUUUUGCACGAACGAAGCUCCAGAAACGUCAUAAAGUUGCUGAAGAAAACACAUUUGAUGACUGGCACUGUGUGGCAGAGAGAGAGAAGUUUGCAGAUGCAGUUUUUAUCUGCACUCCUGAUCGCCUGCAUAAGGAUCCUGCAGUGGCCCUGGCGAAAAAGGGAUAUCAUAUACUGCUAGAGAAGCCAAUGGCUGUGACUCUAGAGGACUGCACGCAGAUUGCAGAAGCUUGCAUUCAGAGUGGUGUAAUUCUAACAGUGUGUCACGUUCUCCGAUAUGACCCUGUCAUCAGCCAAAUUAAGGAGCUCAUUGACAAUGGAGCUGUUGGAGAAGUGUUCCAUAUUCAGCACUUUGAACCGGUGGGGUACUAUCACUUUGCUCACUCUUUUGUGAGAGGGAACUGGAGGAAUGAAGCCGAAAGCUCAUUUGCUCUUUUAGCCAAAUCCUGCCAUGACCUGGACCUGAUUCAUCACUGGGCUGGAGAACGCAAGUGUUUAAAAGUUUCAUCAUUUGGGUCCCUCAGCCAUUUCCGUAAAGAAAACAAGCCUUCAGGGGCUUCCAGUCGGUGCUUAGACUGUUCUGUAGAGAGUGGCUGCCCAUAUUCUGCAAAAAAAAUCUACCUGGACAGAGUUAAACAGGGCUGGGUAAGAUGGCCAGUGUCAGUAGUGUGCCCCACUUCUGUUCCUGACAUUGAGUCAGUAACUGAGGCCUUGAAAACUGGGCCCUAUGGAAGAUGUGUCUAUGAGUGUGACAACGAUGUGUGCUCAAAUCAGGUUGUGAACAUGGAGUUUGAAGGAGGCCUCACUGCUUCUUUUAGCAUGGUGGCGUUUACAGAAGAAAUAUGCAACCGUAAAACGAGUAUUCAAGGCAGCCGGGGGGAGCUGACCUGCAAUGGAAAGAAUCUCCAAGUGUUCGACUUUCUUACACAGAAGACCACAGAUUAUACAGUGCCUAAAAGCGCACCUGGAAACUUCAACACCGGUGGUCAUGGGGUGGCAGAUUAUCACCUUGUCUCUGCCUUCAUUUCAGCUGUUGCGAAUGAAGAUCCACAGCUGAUCAAGUCCGGACCGAAGGAGACGUUAGAGAGUCACAGACUGGUAUUCGAGGCUGAACGUUCCCGUCUAGAGAACAGGGUGGUGUUCUGUGGAACUGAUCAUGACUAAAAGUGAGAAGAACACUGGUAUAUGAAGGAUCUACACCAACUUUACUUUACCUGUUUUAAUGUGUAAAAUACAGGACAUUCCUGAUCAUUUUUACAAGUUUGUAUUAGAAAUAAAGUGCACUAUUUUUUGUUGGGGCAAGACAGUGACAACAGAAAUUAAUUUGUUUUCAGUUUAUCAGAUUUUAUUGUGAUUUUUCUACUGAUUUUUUAUAUUAUGUAAAAUGAAUUUUAUGUGGCGUAUCUGUAGUAAUGAUCUUAAAUGUUUGUAGGCAGUCCUAUGUAACAAUUUCACGUAGAAUCAAAGAUAAACCAUCAUAAAUGAAUGUAAUUCUAAAAAUAAAGAUGUAGUUAAUUUACACUG